AUGGCAAUUAGUAAUUGCCAAAAGUUUGACAAUUUCAGGAAGCUUUUUCAAGAUGAUUUAAAAGAAUCUAGAGAAUAUAAAUUUAAUUCUGGAACGUUCAAGAAAUAUUGUCCUAAUAGUAAUUGUGGUAGUGAUACCGAUAUAGUUAACGCUGGCUGCUUAUGGUUAUUUUAUGAAUUUUUCGGUAAACUUGGUACCACAGUUGAUCCUAAUACUUAUAAGGGUGAUGUUUUAUGUAUUAUGAUAUGGUUAAGUUAUAUAUUAAGCCUAAAGCCACCUGAUAAUAUCACAAAAUUAAACGAUUUUUAUUCUAAUCAUAUACAAAAUAACGAGAAGUACACUACGCGUAAUGUUAAUGAUGAAGGAUAUGACAGUUAUAAGGAUAUCAUAGAUAAAAUAAAGGAGUAUAUGGAUAUUAAUAUUAAUCAUAUGUCUAAAUUUUAUGAAUUACUUAAAUUAUUAUGUAAUAUGAAUACUGCUUAUACGAAAAGUAAAAGUACCGAUUUUUCACAACAUGCUAAUAAAUUUGUUUAUGAAUAUGAAAAACUCCUUAAUGAUGAUAAUAAUAUUGACAACAGUUCAUACGAUAAAAUAUUAAAUGUUUUUUCCAAUUAUUAUAAUCAAUUUGAAAAAGGCAGAGCUCCUAGUAAAGCACAAAUGGAACGUCCUCAAUUACCAACAGAAAAAACAUCCAAAAAUGUUGAAGGAGGAAGUUCUAAAGAAAUAAGAACAGCUGAGCCCUCUAUUGAAAAAGGUCAAUCAAAUACUGUAACGACAAUUCUGAGUUCUAACACUACAUUAUCAAUCUCAUCACUAGUAAAUAAAUUAAUUCCAAUUUCAUUUAUAUUGGUUAUAACAAUAAUUUUAUUAGGAAUUGCAUAUAAGUAUUCGUUAUGUGGAUUUCGGAAACGAUCUCAAAAACAACAAAUAAGAGAAAAGCUAAAAAAAUAA